GCGACGGAAAUCCCCAUCCCCUGAUUCACAGAUUAACUCUCUCGGACCUCGCCCGUCCAUCCCCCUCGUGCACUCCACAACAACCCCCAUCCCGGCCCUCCCAUCCACGGCACAGCGAGCGCCACGAAGACUCGACCCAUCGAAUCCGCUCCUCCCAAACCGAUCCUUCGACCCGCCAGCGAUCGAACCGAACCGACCGCACAAUCCCCCCCUUCGCGCCCUCCACCCUCCGACCAUGCACCUCGACCCGACCCCCCUCCCCGACGCCCUCAACCACCUCCUCGAGUCCACCACCCGCGUGUCCGCCCUCGUCCAGCCCGCCUUCGGCCUCGCGCCGCCAGCCUCGCAGCAACAUCACAACCACAACCACAACCAGGAAAACAACACUGACACCCCCGGACCCGAAGAUGGCGGCGGGAACACCACCCCCAGCAGCAGCCGCGAGGACCGCGGCCACAAGCGCGUCGUGCGCGUGCGCUACGACCUGAACCACGCGCGCUCGCUGCUGGAGCAGCUGCGCCGCGUCUUCUGCGACGGCGACAGCGACAGCGGCGGCGGCGCGUGGACCGGCGUCCCGCACUGCCGCAAGCGCCUGAUCGAGAUGCGCCAGGUCGCGGCUGUCUUGGGUGCUGGGGCGCUGGUGCUGUAUUGUUUGGAGGGGGCGUUGCGGGAGUUGGUUAGGUUGUAUGAGGUGGAGGAGGGGAUUAGGAAGGGGGUGGAUGUCGGGGUUGGGGUUGGUGUUGGUGUUGGGGAGGGGAAGGGGAAGGGGAAGGGGGUGAGGGAGAGGGAUGUGGAUGUGGUGAGGUGGAUGAGGCAUGAGAGGAGGGCGGAGGUGUGGGAUUUGAUGAAGGGGGUGAAGGAUUUUGGGACGGCGGUUUGGUCGGUGAUGACUAUUUUUGAGAGUCCAUCCGACGAUGAGGCCGCAACGGGCCAGGCGAACCUGUGGACGGCGGUGGCUGAUAUUCUUUGCAAAGAGAAUGAUCUGUCGAAGGAGAUCAACAGGUUAUACCCGGGUCUGAAUCCACGUGCGAGCCGUUUGGAGAUACCCGGCGUCUCAACCAUCGAGGGAUCGUCUCUCGGGCGAGAUACAUUCGGACCCGGCAGCGGUGAUCUGAUCCCCCGCCCUGCUCGUCUGUCUGACAACGCGAUCAUCAUCUCCGAUAUCGACGACAGCGACAACUCCGACUCCGAUUCUGAGGCCGAUAUGCUCACUCCUACAUCUUCCGAGUUUCCCCUCUCGGAGCCAGACGAAGAAGGGCCGGAACUGGGCUACCAGCUGUCCUUAGCUCCCGUCAUCAACCCUGGCGUCGUGCGCGUGCCGGUCGCAAUGUCCAUGAAACCGCAUGCCCGUAGGGUAGCAGGAUAUGGCAUCGAUACAGACUUGCAACCCCCACCCAUCUUCGACUCGAGAUCCCUCCGAGUCCUGACAGUCUCGACCGCCGGUGUCGAAAUGUCCCCGCUCCCCGAAGACAUCGAUACCUCGCUACCGCAGCGCACCCCCAACAAGGCUCUUUCCGCCGAGGCCGUCUUCCGGCUCCCCGAUAUCACCGACAAAAUCGUGCUCGACUUCUUCCACCGCGCCCUCGAGGUCUCGCGCUUCGCCGCCCAGUUCGCAAACGGGAGAUUCCCCCACACCGGACCCCAAUCCGCAGAGACAGAGGCGCUCCAGAAUCUCAAGCCCCGGCGUCUACGCGAGUUGUGCACCGACUUGUAUGACGAGCUGGUCCGGCGGAACGUCGAGGACCAGAACAAGGGCCGCAGGGAGAGCGCCGAUAAGGUGCAGUUUGUGGAGCCCGAGGGGUUCAAUGCUAAGAGGCGGUAUGCGAGGAAGAGAUUCGCGGCUAUGGAGGACCGGCAUAUCGUGACGUUCAUUGCCCCAGUGCUGAGGGAGUUGGAUAGGAGGUGUGACCCCGGCCCGUAUGAUGCGUCGCGGGUCGCUGAGUGCCGCGCGGCUGCUGCCCUGCACCUGGAGGGAACGCUAGAGGAGGAGGAGCGUCGCAAGGGGAUGGAGGCGACUUGGGACCAGAUGUGGGCCCAAAGUGAUAUUUGAGUGGCGUAGACACGGUCAAGGUUAGAGGGCUGGGGGUGAAUAUGGGAUGGGUUUGGCUUUUCUUGGGUAAUUAUUACUGGGGUUCCUGGCUGACCUCGAUUAACAUAGAAUUGUUGCCAUUCGGUAGCAACCUUACGAUAAUCAACUUGCUGUCUGGCAAGGUGGUUUGGUAAUAUACAGUGCACUGUUGUGAUACAGGACACUUUCAAGCCAUUACCCCUGAAUUACUUCACGUCUAGCACCAC